AUUUUUGCGUAGAGAUUUUUUUUACUUUUUUUUAUUAGUUUUUAAGCUAAUGUUAAGCAUCAAUUUUUUGAACAAGUUUCGAUAAUUUUAUACGAUAAAUUGACAAGUAUUUUACCUGCACGAUAAAUUUCCAAGAUGAGGGAGAUCAUUAACCUUCAGGUUGGUUCGUGCGGGAACCAGAUUGGCGGAAAGUUCUGGGAGGUGAUCUCUGACGAGCACGGGAUCGACCCGAGCGGGUGCUACCACGGCGACUCCGAUCUCCAACUAGAACGCAUCAACGUGUACUACAAUGAAGCGUCCGGCGGCAAGUACGUCCCCCGCACCAUCCUGGUGGACCUCAAGCCUGCGACUAUGGACGCCGUGCGCUCCGGCCCCUUCGGCUGCCUCUACAGGCCGGACAACUUCGUUUAUGGACAAAACGGUGCCGCGAACAACUGGGCACGAGGCCAUUACACCGAAGGUGUGGAGAUCCUAGAGUCCUGCCUCGAUGUAGUCCGCAGAGAAGCAGAGGGCUGCGAUUGUUUGCAAGGCUUCCAAGUAUCACACUCACUUGGCGGCGGCACUGGCUCCGGCCUCGGCACACUCCUUAUCAACAGAAUACGCGAAGAGUAUCCCGACAGAAUCAUCCUGACAUUCUCUGUAUUUCCGAGUCCGCGAGUCUCGGACUGCGUAGUGGAGCCGUACAAUACGACGCUGGCGGUGAACCAGCUGGUUGAGAACACCGACCACACGUUCUGUCUCGACAACGAAGCGCUGUACGACAUCUGCUUCAGGACGCUGAAGCUCACCACACCAACGUAUGGCGAUUUGAACCAUCUUAUCUGUGCCACCAUGUCCGGCAUCACGACUUGCUUGCGCUUCCCGGGUCAGCUCAACGCGGACCUAAGGAAGCUCGCCGUAAACAUGGUGCCGUUCCCACGGUUACACUUCUACACCCCCGGCUUCGCGCCGCUAACGUCACGGGGUGCCCAACAAUACAGAGCGCUGACCGUACCCGAAUUAACACUUCAAAUGUUUGACGCUAAGAACAUGAUGGUCGCCUGCGACCCGAGACACGGCAGAUACCUGACCGUGGCCACGAUAUUCAGAGGGCGAAUGUCCAUGAAGGAGGUCGAUGAGCAACUUGUGAAUAUCCAGAACAAGAACAGCACAUACUUCGUGGAAUGGAUUCCUAAUAACUGCAAGAUUGCGGUCUGCGACAUCCCGCCACGAGGGCUGAAGAUGGCGUCGACUUUCAUUGGCAACACAACAGCUAUCCAGAGCAUAUUCAAGAGGAUAGCGGAACAGUUCGUGGCCAUGUUCAGGAGGAAAGCUUUCCUACACUGGUACACUGGUGAGGGUAUGGACGAAAUGGAGUUCACGGAAGCUGAGAGCAACAUGAACGACCUGGUGUCCGAGUACCAACAGUACCAGGACGCGACAGCAGAUGACGAAGGGGAGUUUGACGAAGAAGCGGAAGGAGAGGGUGUAGAAUAG